AUGACCGACUCUCCCGACAUUCACGUACAGAAUCUCUCCUACAAAUUCCCGGAUGGGUCCUCCGGCUUAACAGAAGUCGCGCUAGAUUUACCAGUAGGGAGUCGGACUUUACUAAUUGGAGCCAACGGAGCCGGUAAAACCACGCUCUUGCGUCUCCUCUCAGGGAAACGGCUAGCCCCCAGCAACACAAUCUCCAUCUCCAGCAAAGACCCCUUCAAAGAGGGCCUCGAGGGCGUCACCUACCUCGGCGUCGAAUGGGUGCUCAACAGCAUUGUCCGAACAGACAUUGACGUCCCCACCCUCCUCGCGUCCGUUGGCGGCAAUGCGUACCCCGAGCGCCGUGACGAGCUCGUCGAGAUUCUUGACAUCGACCUACGAUGGCGCAUGCAUGCAGUUUCUGACGGAGAGCGACGCCGCGUUCAGCUAGCCAUGGGCCUCCUCCGGCCAUGGCAGGUGCUUCUUCUCGAUGAGAUUACCGUCGAUCUGGAUUUGUUGUCGCGGAGCAACUUCCUCUCUUUCUUGAAGAGGGAGACGGAGACGAGGCCGUGCACCAUUGUGUAUGCGACCCAUAUUCUAGACAAUCUGGCGCACUGGCCGACGCAUUUGGUGCACAUGCAUCUGGGAAUUGUGAGGCAGUGGGGCGCGAUUGAAAAAUUCAAGGCGGAGGCGCCUGAGACGUCGGAGAAUAGCCAGCUAGGCGAAAUCGUGCUCAAGUGGUUGAAAGAGGACUUACACGCUAGAGGGCCGCGGAAUACGCGCGGCAACCAGGGGAAAACUUAUGAGGCUGGGGGGAUAGGGGGGUAUGGAUACGAGAAGAAGGCCUAG